AUGUCACGCAAAGGUACGAUCAGGUCAUAUAUCUGUUUUCCUACUAAUGGUCAAGUUUCUUUGGAUAUACCAUUUUCUAAAAAAAAACUCCGAGGCUAUUUGGUUAACAGAAAAGAUUUGAAUAUUGGAAUAUUCGGUCAAUUCAAUGACAGUCUAAACUUUGAAAUAUACCCUACUAUCAGUGGUUCUAUUGAACAAAUAUAUUAUUUACAAAAUAUUCAACUAAUAUGA